AUGGUUAAUAACAACGUCUUCAUUCAACUUCUUUUUCUUAUCAUCACGUCCUCAGGGUUUCUUUUCCAUGAAAUCAUUAAAGUUGGCUCCUGCCAGGGUGAUCAUCAAAGGGGUUGCAUUGACACUGAGAAGGUGGCUCUUCUCAAGUUCAAACAAGGCCUCACAGAUCCUUCGGGUCGGCUCUCAUCUUGGGUCGGGGAAGACUACUGCAAAUGGAGAGGCGUGGUCUGCAACAACAGGAGCGGUCAUGUCAUCAAACUCACACUGCGUCAUCUUGAUGGUGACGGAACAGAAGGCGAGUUGGGCGGUAAGAUCAGUCCUGCUUUGCUUCACUUGAAAUAUUUGAAUUGCUUAGACUUGAGCAUGAACAAUUUUGGAGGGAUUCCAAUCCCCGAGUUCAUUGGUUCGUUGGAGAAGUUGAGAUAUCUCAAUCUCUCUGGUGCAUCCUUUGGUGGACCUAUUCCUCCACAACUUGGAAAUCUUUCCAGCCUGCAUUACCUUGAUCUUAAGGAAUACUUCGAUGAGUCAAGCUAG